AUGCUUCUCUUCCGGUAGGCACGGUAGCUACUGAUGCCAAGCGUCAUAACAACGCUCUUGCUAUGUAACAGCAUUACAUGUCAUCAUAUGUUAUCAUCUGAGACAGGUCAGACGAUACAUUUCGAAUAAUCAGUCAUUGACUUGUAACGCAGCUGGCCGCAAGGCUCUUCAUGUUGCUCCUGGCGGUCAGCAGUGGGCUGAGGGGGUUGCGGUACCCCCGUGUAAUUCGGUUGGUGACCAGCUUUGGUACACGGACUAAAGUCACCUACACACAAGGACAGAGCCCUGAACCUCGCAUUCGGGAAUACUUUUAUUACAUCGACCACCAAGGACAGCUAUUCCUUGAUGACACUAAGGUGAAGAACUUUGUCACAUGCUUCAAAGACAAAGACUUCCUGGUCUUCUUCUUCAACCGUCUCCGUAGAAAUGAGAGUGGGCGGUACCAGGAUCACUUCCCCUUCCUGUCACUCUGCGGACGAGAGAGAAACUUCCUCCGCUGUGAUGAUCGCCCGCUGGUCUUCACCCAGCUGAUGCCAGCUGUCAGAGGAACAGCAACGGUGAGCACAGGGGCGAUGGGGAAAGGCGGAGCCACAGAGCUGCUCUCUUUCUGCUGGGGCGGGGACAAGCUGUCCGUCCCAUUCCACCCAGAGUCCCUCUAUAUGCACCCCAGUAGUGGGCGUGUCUACCAUCCCUGUUCUGAACGCCUGGGGGGUGUCGGAUUAGUCAGAUCGGCCCUCGCCAUGGAGCUCAGCGCCUUCUUCUCGUACCUGCCUGAACAGGGCCAAUCAGGACAGCCCACACACUUCCUGUGGGCUGGACAACGACACACGCUAACCAAUGAACUAGCAGGAUGUUUCCCCGCAGAAGAGGGGGACGGGUCUGGAGAGGGUGGGGGGGGCUAAUGGGGAUAACACUGUUGUUAUGGAUCCUCCUGAGUGGGCGGAGAGUAUUGAAAUGCACAGUAUAGAAUGGACAUGGUAAAUUCAAUGGUUUGAAUUAGGCAUCUGUGUUAUUCACAACAUCACAUGUAAAUGGUCACGUCAAUUAGCCCAAGUGGGUCCUGAAUACAGUCCCUCAACGUAAUGUGUAAAAUCUGCAAUAAGCAAGGCUCAAGGUACCGUCUCCAUUAAAAACUCAAUGUUU